AUGAAGUUGCCUAAUGCUAAUAACGAAGUCGCUUUUUUUAAUGCAGUAAUUGGAGCGGAUAGGGAUUUGAAGAAAAUUACUAAACUAGUGAAAUAUCCAGAAACGUUACUGGAGCAAAUAAGCUAUGCCUUUUGUCAACCAGGACCGAUUGCUCCUCAUGGUAAAAAUAGGGAGGCAAUUGAGGCAAAUCAGGAGACAGUCGCAGAGAAAGUGGACAAAGAGCGGCUGCCGAAAAUUUACAGUUCAGCAGGAUGCGGCGUGUCAGCGUGGCGUGACCUAGACCACUACCACUCGCAAAUUCGGCUGCCAGACUGUUACGGAGUCGCUGCAGCGGCCGUGCCAUAUGGUGAGCAUCAUGACAAGUAA